AUGAAACGUAAAAGUCCUGUCAUACCUCGUAAGAGUGGUGUUCUUAGCAAUGGAAAUAACACACCUAAGCAUUUAACAGCACAAUCUUCCAGCACGCUUUCUGUUUUGACUCCUAAUUAUGGAGGUUCAGGGGGUAGUACUCCUUCUACCUCAUCUUAUUUAACAUGUUGGCCUUUGUCUUCAACUCCUGCUGAUGAACAAAACUAUACUGAUGAUGUUACAGAACUGGAAGUUCCUGUUUGGCGUCCAAAUGGCAGUGCAAAUGAAUCUGCUAAUAGUCAACUAGUUUUACAAGAUAGCAUUGACAGCCCUGAUCUUCAACGAACACGAGCUGCAAUAGAGCAAACACUGCAGAAAAUAGCUCGUACUAAAGAGCUUAUUAAAGAAGGACAGACUGCUAGAGAUGAAAAUGUUAACGAGUAUUUAAAGUUGGCUUCAAGUGCAGAUAAACAACAAUUACAAAGAAUCAAAAGUGUGUUUGAAAAAAAGAAUUUGAAAGCUGCCCAAUCCAUUGCACAGUUACAAAAAAAGUUGGAAACAUACAACAAAAGAAUUCGUGAUUUAGAAACACAUGGACUUAGCAGUAGUCAUUGGCAACCGAGAGAAGUCUUGAGAGAUGUUGGACAAGGCUUGAAAGAUGUUGGUGUUAACAUCAAAGAAGGAAUUACUGGUUUCUCUGGGGGUGUUGUGGGUAAUAUUAAAGGAGGUUUAUCUGGCCUAACUCAAGCAACACACAGUGCUGCUGAAACUGUAAUGUCCAAGCCUCGUGAAUUUGCUCAUUUAAUAAAGAAUCGUUUUGGGAGUGCUGAUAAUAUAAGUUCUCUUGAAAAACUUCCUCAAGAAUCAUCUGAUGCACAGCAAAGGAACAUCCAUGGAAGUGCAACUUUUACACAUUGCGGAGCUAAGUACCCUUCUGAUGAUGAAAGUUCAAGUUUAACAUCCGGAUCUGGUAAUAUGGCUACUGCAAACCUUGCCAGUCCAAGGCGUCAGCUGCUUCAUCGGUCACCUCCUGAGCAUUCCUCCACUCCUACCGUUACUCCCCUUGUUGCUGAUUUUGAGCCAAUUUUGCAAGAAUUGCGUGAACGUCGAGAAGAGUAUCAUCAUUUAGUAGAAGAAGUCGAUGCCUUAAAAGGACAAGUCCAGCAAGAAUAUACUUUUUUUAAUCAAUCUUUGUUGGAAGAGAGGUAUCGUUAUGAGAGAUUAGAAGAGCAAAUGAAUGAUCUUAUUGAGCUUCACCAAAAUGAAAUUGAGAAUUUAAAACAAGGCUUAGCAGAUAUGGAGGAGAAAGUUCAGUAUCAAAGUGAGGAACGGUUAAGAGACGUCCAUGAAGUUUUAGACAGCUGCCAAACAAGAGUUUCUCGUAUGGAGCACCAACAACAUCAACAUUUCCAGCAAUUAGUAUCACUUGACUCUUUGGAUGGAACAAAUGCUCGAAAUCUAGCACUUAAAUUAGUUAAUGUAGUAUUGACUGUACUUCAAGUUAUCCUUCUUCUUGUAGCCACUGUGGCUAGCAUACUUAUGCCAUUUAUUCAAACCAGGUUGCGUAUUCUUACCACUGCUGGUUUCAUCAUGUCCAUGGUUAUGAUAUGUCGGCAGUGGCCCGAACUAAUGGAGUGGAGCAGACAUAUUGUUGGGCAACACGUUCAAAGCUGAGCCAUCCAUUUUGACAUUUUUCUUGAACAGAAAACACAUAUCGAUGAGUAUUACCAAUCAAAUAUUCACAUCCAAUCAUUGUAAACAUUUUUUUGCCUGUGAAAUUGUUGUGAUAAUCGUCCAAUAAUGGGCCAUUUAUGAUCUGGUUGGAAGUAUACUGUAAUGCUGUGAUAUAAAAAAAUUUGCCAUCCUUGUGUAUUCCAAUUCCUAAAAGUUUUAUGAAGUAUUCUUUAAAUGAAAUGAACAUUAUUAAGGAUAUGUAAUGUUGUCUUUGAUCUUUAAUUUUUUGUUAUUUUCAAAACAAAUGCCUUUAUAUUUUUGAAAAUUGUAUUGGCCUUUGUUUUUGGGGAUUGUGAUAUUGUUUAUGGUUAGUUUUAGGUUUUUUUUUUUUUUCAAUUUUUCCAAACUAUAUAAUAUGGCUUUUUUUUUGUUUAAAUAUUUAAUUCUUCAUCUAUUUGUUUUGUAAAACUUACAUCAUCUUUUAGAUUUUUUUUACCAAUUUCAUCUGAUAAGUUUUGGUAAUUGCCAACCUCUGUACUUAAGUUUUGUGAGAAUUGUCAAUGUGGGGAAGGUUAAAACCAAAAUUGUACUGUGUUGAAAAAAGAAUGUUUAACUUUCAAAAAAAUUGCUGUAGAUUUCCAUUAAAACUUGAUUGGCUGGUAUGUUAUAUAUUGUUUGGAAGAAAACUUAACUGGAAUAAAUUAUCUCAAUCACAUAUUUAACAAUAGUCAUUUGCAAAAAAAAUUUUACAGUACACUAUUUAAUGGAAUACAGCAUUCUUUAAAAGAAAAUUAAGCAAUGUUAAUAGGUGCAAAUUUGUAGAAAACUGCAGACAUGUGCUUCACAAGGAAGCCCUUUUUCAAUGCUCAAGAAAUGAGCUUAUGACAGCAACAAGACAACAAUGUGCAGUUUGAAAAGUAAAAAUUAGAGAUUAAUCAAACAACCAAUGAAAAUGUAAUGAACCAUAAUCAAGUUUGAAGACUUUCUCACAGGUACAAAACAUAUGCAGGAAAAAAUUAGAUUAACAGAAAGAGUAAGUCAAAGCUAAAGUUAUAAAAUAGAACAAUUUCAACAACUGUGAACUGCAGAGGAAAGAAGGAAAAAGCAAAUGAAAGAAGUACCUUCCAGAAAUUAACAAUACAUAAACAUUCAAAAAAGAAAAGUGAAGACAAAUACGGGAAAAAAAAGAAAAAAAUUAACUGCAAUGCCCCAAAACAGAACAUGUUCCAUAUAAAUCAUACAAAAAAAAAAAAAAAAAGAUGAUGAAAGAAAAAAAAAAAAUCCUUGCUUUUCAUUCCUAUUGCUUUUUUAAUGGUUUGUUAUUUUCUCAUUGGUUAUUCAGUCAAUACACCAUUUUUACUUUUUUAACUGCACAUUCUUCCUUCUUGUUUUCGUCAGAUGUAACAACAAAACAUGCUUCUGCAGUUUCUUACAAAUUUGUGCCUGUUCACAGUUUUAUUUUCUUUUACUUUUUACCCAAAGGUAUUUAACUCUUAAAUUGUUCAUUUUUAUAAAAAAAAUUGAGAGAAAAAAAGGUCAUGUAAGCUGCAUCUGAUGACUGUUUUUCAAUUUGUCUUGUUUAGUUUUGAAGUUACUUUGAUGAUACAGUAAAACAUUGAUACAACAAUAUUUAGAAUACCCAAUACAAUUAUUGCUACAGUAGAGCAUAUCAUUGCAUUGUGAAACAAUGGGCUUUUAAUUUGAAAAAUAUGUUUAUUGAAAUGUAAUCCUUAAUUCUUGUUUACAUAUUUAUCUUUUCACUGUUGAAUUAAUUAGUAUACAUACUUGAAACUAGGAUUUUUCUUAUGUCUCAGAAAUGAGGUUUUCAUCAAAGUUUUUAAGUCCAUACCUCAAGAUGAAGAUCAAGACUAGCAAAAGCUAUGAAUAGAAAAGGGUUGCUCCAGUUAGAAUGUGGAGGAUAGCAAUGUAGUUGAACAUUCUUAAUUGAUAUUCACCUGUUAUUAAAGAUGGGGCAAGAGACAAAAGAAGAAGCAAAUAUCCCCCCCCCCCCCCUGAAUGCUGAUGUUUUAAUCUGAAUUUAUUAUGGAAGGAUAUGAAAUAACAAAUUUUUUUUACAGGGACAUCAUUUACGAGUUUAUAACUAAAGCAUAUAUUUGAAUUUGAAGAGGAUUUACUUUCUAUGUAUAUUCAGGGGACUACAAAAUGUUAUUGAGGGAUAAAUAGUUUAAUUGGGUAUUGUUGCAGCAAGGUUUUUCUGUAUUUCAUCUGUUUAUUUUAUUCAUCAUACUUACUCUUUUCUAAAUGACAAGAAAAAAUAAAUUUAGAAUUAAAAAAUGGUACUUUUCCGAUAUAGCUACUUUAUUUGGCUUUAUGACUUAUUC